AUGGCUCCCCUCCAGGUCAAGUACAAGGUCCAGCCCCACUUCGGUGGCCUCACCCCCGAGCUCCUCCGCCCCUUCCGCUCGUCGCUCAUCGGCUGGAGUGUCACCGCCGGUGUCGCCGUCUCGCUCUUCAUGAGCCCCGUCCCCCUCUUCCAGAAGGACGUGCUCCAGAAGAUCCCCUUCCUGGCCCCGUACUUCACCGACAACACCCCCGAGUCUGACAAGCCCUUCUAA